ACGGGACUGACGGCAGAGGCAGCGGUGAGGGAGUCAGUGUGUGAGCGGAGUGCGACCCGAGUGCGGAUUCCGCUGCGGGACCUGACAGCCGGCAGCCAGUGUGUGAACAGUUGGACCCCAGUUCGGAUUCCGCUGUGGGACCCGAUGGCCGGCAUGGAACUCCCCGCGAACCUUUCGGACGUUAACCCAAGGAAAGCGGCGCAGCUGCGGGCUCUGAUCGCGGAGGACGUGGUGAAGUCGCCGGGCGGCCGACCCCUCCUCUAUCAUCUGCAUAGGUUACACGUCCACACGCUGCAGCUGCCCAGCACCAGGCCGUAUCCUGCCCCGCUGCGGAGCCUCCUGGAGCAGACGUUGCUGGACCAGGCGCUGAGUCGAGCAUUGAGCACCGCCAGCAUCCUCAACUGGUGUCGAGAGCUCCGCACGGUGUAUCCGCUCAGGGUCUCCGGAGAAGGGAACAGCCUCCUACAUUCAGUCUCUCUCUAUAUGUGGGGUGUCCAGGACACAGACCUCGUGUUGCAGAAAACCUUCCACUGUGCUUUGGUCAAUGCCCACAGCAUUAACUUCAAACUCAGGCUACAGGCCGAGUAUCUAAGAGAACAAGGGCUUCCUGAUGCAACCCCUCUUCACCAGUCUGAGAUUUGGGAUCAGGAGUGGCAGAAUGUGAUUGCAUCUGCAGAUCCGGAGUCUGCAGCUGGCCAGGCUGUGACAAGCAUCUACCAGGAUGUACACCUGUUUGUUUUGGCCAACGUCAUCAGGCGCCCGAUCAUCGUGGUGGUGGGAAUCUCAGAAAAAAGUUUAGAAAGUACUUCAAGCAGGAAGACCUCGAGUCCAGCGGGAAUCUACCUCCCCCUGCAUUGGCCUCCUCUGCAGUGCUGCACCUGCCCUGUCCUGCUGGGCUAUGAGCAUCAUUCCUUCUCCCCACUCAUCACCAUCAAUGACAUAGGACCAGAGAUUAAUGCUUUUCCAUUAGCCAUACCAAGCAAGAAUGGGAGUGUGGAGCUUCCAAUCCGCUUUCUCUUGGAUGCAGAAAAAGUCAAUGGGAAGCAACUACUGAGUGAUUAUCUGAUUGAGAUUUCCGUGCCAGACUGCAAUGGAGUUGAAUUCGUCAAUGCAGCCAGACUGCUGAUAAACCCUUUACCGGAUGACCUUAACCUGGUUCAGGAUUACUUCCAGCUUGUUAACCAUAGGUACAAAUCCUGGCAGGAAAUCAGUGGCAAUGUAAGGAAGAACUUGCAUGAAGGCGAUUUUGAUUUCCUCUCCACCCUGUCCAUUGUGGAGGAGAAAUGCUUGACACACGGUUGUCCAUACUUCUGUUCAAAGUUUACCAAACCGUUCUGCCACACGUGUCGAGAUGCAUUCCAGAGUGAGGAAACGCCUCCAGACCUCAACAACUGGAGGGAGGGAGAUGGCGAAGGAGUGGACAAGCAGUUUAAUAAGGAUGAAAUAACAACACUUGCAACUGGGACCUCUCUCUUCAGUGAGAUGAAUGCUUUAAAGUGUAAAGAUACUGAGUGUCCGUUCACUGGCAGUGAGGCCUUUCAUGGCUUCUGUCCCUCCUGUUUCCACAAGAGGAGCCACAUGGAUUCUCCAGUGAGAAGCGGAAAUUCUGGCAAAGUGGUUAACGGAAGGAUGGAUUUGUUGGGACAGAGGUGCAGCGAAUGUAAGCAAGAAGUGAGGAAUUUUGGUUGGUGUUACUUGUGUUUAAAGAGGACAGAUGCUUUCACCCUGACACAGGGAACAUCAGGACAGAGUUCCUCAGAGCCACACCAAUCUGCCAAGGCCAGUACAGGAGGUCAGAUGGCAGGCAGUGUCCACGGUCAGGGGUUGCAGGUCGGUCAGGUCACAGAACACGGAAAAUGCAAAACCACGGGCUGUCAGUACUUCGGAGCCGAAGAUCGCUCCGGGCUGUGCACUUCCUGCUUCCUCAAGCAUUUGGAAAGCAUCGGAGCUUCCUCCCCACGAGAUCCAGGGCAUGGUGACCUCUCACCCUCAGCCCCUCAGAGACAACUGGCUCAGAUUUCAUCUCAUCUCCGAAACAUGUCUAUAUGUCGUACUUCAGACUGUAGGAUGCUUGCCAAUCCAACCCAUUGUGGGUAUUGUGACAAGUGCUACAUCAGUGCACAAGCGAAAUACUCACACAGGUUCCACAUGGCUAGCUGUUCUCCAGCAGACCAGCAUGCCUGGAGUGCAGUUUUACCACGAUCUCCCAGCACCAAGUCAGCCGAUAAACAGGAGGCAUCGGACAGAGCCACAAGGGAGCCCAUUGUGCUGGAACUGAAGGAAAACAGUCACUUGCAGAAGUUACAGACUCACAAUUCAUCUUCACCAGAUCAUCUCCAGCUAAAGCUGGGAAAACACGUCUGUCGAACUCACGGGUGCGAGCACUUUGGGAAUGCUAAAUGUGAUGGGUACUGUAACGCCUGUUUCGCCAGCUCACUGAUGCAAAGGAAAUGACUGUGAAUCUGCUGAGAGUGUUCCAACCCGUAAGGCAGCAGUAACACUGAACAGAUUCUGACACGAAGGAUGAAACAGAGGAAUUGGUAUAAUUCAUUAACUUGGAUAAAGGAAUAGACUGUGUGGAAUUAUGUGAAUUUGUCAUGCCAUUGUAGUAGUCAUUUUAUUUAAAAAUAGAUAAUUAUUACUUGUAUAGAAAUCAGCAAAACACUUAGGUGUAACCUUAUUAAAGAGCAAAGUUACUGCAAGUGCUAAAAACCCAAGAUAAAUGCAGAGAAUGUUGGAAAUUUUCAGCAGAUCAGGCAGCCUCUGUGGAGUCAGGCUUCUUGUAUAAUUGGUGAGACCCGACAUAGAUUGAGAGACCACUUUGCACCUACAGUCUGCCAGAGAAAAUGGAAUCUCCCAAUGGCCCAGUGGUCCUCUCCUAUCAGAUGCCCCCUCCUCGAGCCCUUUAUCUAUUUUCACCAAUCGUCUUCCCAGCUCUUUACUUCACCCCUCCCCCUCCCUGGUUUCACCAUCACCUUGUGUUUCUUCCUCCCCACCUUCCCCCCCCCCCCACCUUCUUACUCUGACUCCUCAUCUUAUUUUCUUCAGACCUGAUGAAGGGUCUCGGCCCAAAAUGUCGACUGUAUUCUUUUCCAUAGAUGCAGCCUGUCCUCCUGACCUGCUGAGUUCCAGACAUCCCCACCCCAAGAUCAGCACGAGGUUUAUCCAUUCAAUUAUGGCUGAUUUAUAAAGUCAUGUUGAGCACUUAUAAAACACUGGUCUGGCUUCAGCUGGUGUAAUGCAUUCUAGUCACAGGUGAGGAAGGCCAGGUCCAAUCGGCUGAGGUGCUAUCAUCACAGAAAAAUCGAAGAGGCUGAGGCUAUGUUCUUGAAAGAAAGUCCGAAGGAAGAUUUGAUGGAAGUGCCUCAAAUGAUGGGGGUCAGUAACAAAGAGGAAAUGGAUGUUGGGGCUGAGGAUCAGAGGUCUCAGCUGUAAAAUGAAGAGGAAAAGGAACAGAAGUAAUUUUGCUUUAAACACUGAGUGUGGUUGGGAUCUGGAACUUAGCUGUGGUGGAGGCAGGUUCCACUGUGGCCUUCAAGACAGAACUGUGUAAAUACAUGCUAAAUAGACUAUUUAUAAUUAUUUGGGGAAGGGACUGGGCAGUGAAGCUAUUGCAUUGCUCUAGUGUGUGCCAGCAUGAGAAAAGUGCGACAAAUAGCAGCUUCCAUCUCUGUGACAAGCCUACACCCAUAUUUACCUUUGUAUUCAGUUUUAUACCUAAAUUAAAUGCUCAGUCUCGAUUCUCUUA